CGGUAUCUAGACCUCGAAUUAGCAGGAUUUUUGGGUCUGAUACUAUACCCUAACCCUUAAUGAGUGAACUCUGGGUCCUAAUUAUCUAAAUCAUAAUCUAUAAACCCUAAGAUGGUGCAUUCCUUUUUGUGCCUAUAUUUGGACGAAUCAUAACCGUCGAUUAUUGUUUCUAAUUAAAUUGAUCUUGGAGUAUAAGAUUAGGAGAAUUAAGACCUAGAUUUUGAUCUUUAAGGGUUAGAGUAUAGUAUCAUGUCCGAAAGAUCGAUCAAUUCAAGGUCUAAAUAGUGUUUUCAUACUCAAGGUAUGCGGUACCCCGAAUUUUGUCCAGGGUACCGUAGAACUCGCCAUAUAUAUAUAUCACCUGUAUGUAUGUAUAAACUGGCUGGCUGGUCAGCCGUCCACUUCACUUCCGAUCGAGUGGAACAGCCGUCUCCGGCAGGCAACCUCGGCGUCGGGGGAUGUAUGCAGUGCAGUUGGAGUGUUUCCGUUCACGACGCUAGCUCUGCGAUUUCGACGUAGGAGGACGAUUAGUGAUAGUCUGAUGGUGGAUAUGAUGCCGUGGAGUCAUUGUCUAAUGGAGGUAGUUGAGUUGAGCUUUUACACAAUUAUCUGAGUACGUAAAACUGCAACUACCCUAACCCUAGCUAGCUAGGUUUGAUGAAAGCUGAAGAUCAAGUGAUCACAUGGAUGCAUGACUGACGUUGUGAGAGUGACCCGGAAGUUGGGUCGGUAGCGAUGAUAAUGGAUCUAUCUGGUAGUAGUGAGUACACGAUUUUCGAUUCUCAUAUUUGUUUUUAACUUAAAUAAAUGUUUUUUAAUAUAUAUUACUGCAAAUAUGACAAUUUGAAAAUUAUUAACACAAAAAUGGUAUAACUCAAUUUUUGAACGCGCACGCAGACAAAACAUGCUGAAAAUAAACAACUUCACGUGGGCUUCCCAGUUGGCUCAGUUGCAAGACGUUUGUGCGCUUAUUACUAACCCUAUGUAAUCAUAGGUGAUUUCAACACUAUUCUUCACGUGGGUGAAAAAGGUGGGGGGCGGGCUUGGAAUGGUUCCCAAUCCACCAGUCUCCGAGAUUUUGUUCAUGAUUUGGGCCUCCAUGACCCGGGUUUCCAAGGGGAUCAAUUCACUUGGACUAAUAAACGUAUGGGUGCAGCGUGUAUUCGUGAGCGUCUGGAUAGAGCUCUUUGCUCCCAGUCCUGGACUGAUACCUAUCCGGAGACUCUGGUCAAGCACUUUACGGACCAGGGGUCGGAUCAUAGGGCCUUGCUGCUUGCCGAUAAACCGUAUGCUCGGAGUAGUCGGCCUCUGUUCCGUUUUGAUGCCCGCUGGGCGGAUAAUCCUAAAGUGAGGGCUAUGGUCCAGUAUGUCUGGCAGGAGGAGAUCCAAGGUACCCCCUAUGUUUCGACUGUGGGAGCGCCUAAAAAGUCUUCGUCGUCUGCUCUAUGAUUGGAGCAGGACGGGCACAACUAAUUCCAUGUGCAAUAUCAAGACGCUCCAAGUUGAGAAUGAUAGGAUUAAGUUGAUCCAUCCAGUGGAUUGGGAUAUGAUCAGGACCCUGGAAACGGAGCUCUCUCGCCAGUGGGAAGCGAAGGAAGUGUACUGGCAGCAAAAGUCCAGGGUUAAAUGGUUAAAAAAAGGAGAUCAAAAUUCUGCCUACUUCCAUACGGUCACAAGGACUCGGCGGAAAAGGAACUUUGUUUCCGGGCUUCGAAAUGAGGAGGGUGAAUGGGUAACUAAGGAAACGGGGAAGGCUACUAUUGCCACCAAUUUUUACCAGACCCUGUUUACCUCGGAAACUCAGGUUCCUAAUAUGACUGAGAGGGUGGCGAAUCUGCCGAUUGCGCAUAGUGUUACUCCGCAAAUGAAUGCGCAAUUGACGGCAGAGGUUUUACCUAGUGAGGUUCGGAGUACAGUAUUUUCUAUGGGAUCGAAGCAGGCCCCGGGAUCGGAUGGCUUAACAGGGAAGUUCUUUAAAGUUUUCUGGGAUAUUGUGGGCACCUCGGUGGUUGAAGCAGUUAUUUCCUUCUUUGCCUCGAGUCGGAUGCUGCGGAGUUUUAAUCAUACCUGGCUUACUUUGAUCCCCAAAGUGGACUCGGUGGAAACAAUUAGACAAUUGCGUCCGAUUAGCCUCUGUCAGUUUGUUUACAAGGUGAUUACCAAAAUCAUAGCUGAACGGCUGGCUAGCAUGCUCCCUUAGAUCAUUUCAGAGGGCCAGAAUGGUUUUAUCAGAGACAAGCAGAUUAUUGAUAACAUCCUUAUAGGACAUGAGCUAAUGCAUUAUCUAAAAAUAAAAAAGCAAGGGAAGAAGGGGUACAUGGCUGUGAAGGUUGACAUGGAAAAGGCCUAUGAUAGAGUCGAAUGGCCCUUCCUUCUUGCAUUUUUAGAUAAAAUGAGUUUUAACUCUGUCUGGCAAGGAUGGAUACAUGAAUGUCUUCGAUCCUCCUCUUUCUUGGUUCUGAUGAAUGGUACACCCUCGGGUUAUUUCACUGCCUCUAGGGGCCUUCGCCAGGGGGAUCCACUCUCUCCUCUCUUGUUUGUGCUAUGCACGGAGGGAUUUGCAGCCCUCCUCCGAAAGGCGAUCUCAGAGAAAAAAUUAGAGGGGGUGAAAGUGGCUCCUCAGGCUCCAAGAGUCUCUCAUUUGUUCUUCGCGGAUGAUUCUUACUUAUUCUUGCACGGCUCGCUCCAGGAGUGCGAGAAUUUAAUUGAGGCGCUGAAUGAAUAUGAGGAGCUGAGUGGCCAACGCGUGAACUUGGAGAAAUCGGCGGUGUGCUUUAGGAAGAAAAUUUCCACGCCAGAUCAGGAGUUCUUGGCCACGAUCCUUGGGGUUGGUGCAAUGGGGGUCCAUGAUAAAUAUCUAGGGCUGCCCACGCUGGUUGCUCGUUCCAAAAUGGCUACGUUCAGGUAUUUGGAGGAGAAACUCCUUGAGCGUCUUCAGGGGUGGAAGCAACGGACAUUGUCAUGGGUUGCGAAGGAAACAUUGAUUAAAUCCAUAGCGUUGGCUCUUCCACUUCAUGUUAUGUCAUGUUUCCGUCUUCCCCUAGCUCUGUGUCGUCUAUUAGAUAGACAUGUGGCAUGGUUUUGGUGGGGAGCCGCGGAGGGUAAUCCCAAGAUUAGAUGGGUGUCCUGGCAAACAUGUGCAGGAGUAAGCAUGAUGGGGGGAUGAGAUUCCGCUAGUUUGAGCAUUUCAACCAAGCUCUGUUGGCUAAGAUAGGCUGGCGUAUUCUCAAUGAACCUCAAUCCCUCCUUGCCCAGGUUUACAAAGGCAAGUAUUUCCCUCAAGGGUCUUUCCUGACCGCGACUGCUAGGUCACGUCCCUCUUGGGGGUGGCAGAGUAUCCUUCAUGGGCGUCAGCGGUUGGAGAUGGGUUUAAGAUGACAGGUCGGUAAUGGCCUAUCGGCCUCCCUCCUUCAUUCUAACUGGAUUCCUGGAUACCAACUUGCCUGAAGGGGGUGAUCUCUUGGUGGCGGAGAUUAUCUGUGAGGGAGGGGGAAGGUGGUCUGAUGAGAAGCUUAGUCAAUGGUUUGACCCACAUACAUGUAGGGAUAUUAAAGCUAUUCCGCUUCC